UAUUUUUCUUUUUGAAUGAGUCGAUUCAUCCAUUGUUGGCACUGAGGGACCACUUCAGGAGGACAAGGUGACGAGGUGGGAGGGGGAGUAUCCAAUGGCAACAGUGAUUGGCGUUUGAUAUAAAUACUGAAGGUUCUGUGAACACCGACGAGACGGAGAAGCAGGAAAAGUCCAGCUAGAGUCAGACCUCAGACCUUCGAGACGUGACAAUGGCAACAUGGGUGAUCUCUCUCCUCUGCACCUUCAUGGUUCUCUCGCUCUCCUCUGCGUGCUACAUCCAGAACUGCCCCAGAGGCGGGAAGCGCUCGUUCCCAGAUGCCGUCCCCAGGCAGUGUAUGGCGUGUGGUCCCGGAGAUAAGGGCCGGUGUUACGGCCCCAAUAUCUGCUGUGGAGAAGGACUGGGCUGCUUGAUCGGAUCUCCGGCGACGGCUCGCUGUUUGCAGGAAGAAUAUCUGCUGUCACCAUGCGAGUCUGGAGGAAAACCGUGCGGACCCGACGAGGGUCGCUGCGCCACGCCUGGGGUUUGCUGCGACUCAGAUGGCUGUAGGCUGGAUUCAGACUGCAUGGAGGAGAGCGAACAAGAAGAUGUGGCUGAAAGAAACAGCUUCCUGGGCGGGUCACGGGGAGAGUUGCUGUUGCACAUCCUCCAUCCUGGCAGGGCACGCAGUCCAUACUAAACACACACACACAAAGUUUUACUGACUUACACCACAGAUCUGUUUGCUCUGAAACACACACCAUGAGUCCCUGCUGUGUUAAUCUUCACCGUGUGCAGCAAGAGCGCUGCAGCAUGUCGAACUGCUUCUAUGGAAAUAUGCACUGUACACCGAUCUACACAGAAUGUAAAUAUAGUAUAUAGCCAAUAAAA